UUUAUUAUAAAGAUCUGGCACACAUGCUUUCCUAGUCCAACGUGAUUGGACCGCUUUCAACCUCGCGUUUUAAAAUAGAAGGGAAGUGCGAAAGUUCGUGUUUACUUCCCGCGUGCUAUUACCAGGUGGAGUGAAUAUAAAAGAAAAAAAAUGUUUGUCGCGCGCAGUAUCGCAGCCGAUCAUAAAGAUCUGAUCCACGAUGUUUCUUAUGACUUUCACGGGCGGAGAAUGGCGACGUGCUCCAGCGACCAAAGCAUUAAGGUGUGGGAUAGGGGGGAUAACGGAGAAUGGACCUGCACAGCCAGCUGGAAAACUCACAGUGGCUCAGUUUGGAGAGUGACCUGGGCCCAUCCAGAGUUUGGACAGGUGUUGGCGUCCUGCUCCUUUGAUCGUACUGCGAUAGUAUGGGAGGAGAUUGUUGGAGAGUCCAAUGACAAACAACGAGGACAAAGCCACUGGAUAAAGAGAACCACACUUGUGGACAGUCGGACAUCUGUGACCGAUGUGAAGUUUGCCCCAAAGCACAUGGGCUUGAUGCUGACCACAUGCUCUGCAGACGGUGUGGUGCGAAUCUACGAGGCCCCUGACGUGAUGAACCUGAGCCAGUGGUCCCUGCAGCACGAGAUCUCAUCCAAACUCUCGUGCUCCUGCAUCUCCUGGAACCCUUCCAGUUCUCGAGCUCAUGCACCUAUGAUUGCAGUGGGUAGUGAUGACAGCAAUGUGACGUAUGGCGGCAAGGUUCAGAUAUACGAGUAUAACGAAGUUACAAGGAAAUAUGCCAAAGCAGAGACACUGAUGACCGUUACAGAUGCUGUACAUGAUAUUGCAUUUGCUCCCAAUCUGGGCCGGUCUUUCCAUGUCCUUGCUAUUGCCACCAAAGAUGUGCGCAUCUUCAAACUGGUUCCACUUCGAAAGGACAGCUCUUCUUCAGCGCCCACUAAAUUUGAGGUGCAGGUGCUGGCCCAGUUUGACAGUCAUAACUCUCAGGUGUGGCGUGUCAGUUGGAACAUCACCAGUACACUUCUGGCUUCCUCUGGUGACGAUGGUUGUGUGAGACUCUGGAAAGCAAACUACAUGGACAAUUGGAAAUGCACAGGUGUUCUAAAGGGAAAUGGUAGUCCAGUAUCUGGUCAGCCUGGUGCUCUGAGCGGCUUCCUGGGUUCUGCUACUGCACACAGUGCUCUAAAUGGGGCCACUGGAAGAUAGAUGCUAUAUGACAGGACCACCUGGAGGAAACCUGGAGCUGAGCACUUCUAUGAUACUGGACUUCACACUGAGACCAACUGAUUGUGCUUGCUGGAUAUGCAACAAUACUGGCACUUAACAUGGGUCCAUUGUUAAUAUUAUUUGAACUACCUUCAAGGAACGUUCUUUAAGUUGACUUUUCUUUCAGCUUAUAGAAUUGUUUUACUCUGAAUACAGACAGUUAAACACACAUGGCUCCCCCCCCAUUUCAGAGUUUUGUAAUGAGUUAUAUUUAAUUGGAAGUCCUGAUAACGAAAAUACACCAUAUCUGUAUAGGAUCAAAAGUUUUAUUUCGAUUGUUUUGUUGAUGUGAUUUAAAAAAAAAAAAAAAAUGCUGCCAUUACAACGUUGCAAAAUAUUGGUCUCAGUGACUUCAAUUUCUUGUUAUUGUACGAGAAUCAGAAAGAUUAUUGUUUAAGCAACUGGGAUGUAUGAAGUAAUCAUAAAUAUUUGAGCUUGGUUUAUUUGAAUCAUUAGUAACAGUACAGUAAUCAUUGCUAGAUUACUUUUGAUAGAUGAUUUGAUUUACAUGUAUGAUCCAAAGUUUAUGCGAAGAAAAGGGGGAAGUUGUAUUAAAUACCAUAGUGUUAAACACUUCAACAGAAUUGUUUUCAUGUAUUAUUUACAAAAUAGUGGAUUGAAUACAAAAAUCUGACUGGGACUUAAUAAAAGCUAAAAAUGUAUUUAA